AUGCGUGUGAUUAUAGCAACAGAAGUUGACUUCGCUCGGCUCUCAAUAACAUGCAAAGCUUGCAGGGAUCUGCUUCUGAGCUUCCGGUCCUUGCUGCCGACACAACCUGCGGGCUGCACCUUGCCGUGGUUGGUGCCCACAGAGACGGUCUGGGAGCCCUGGUGGCGGACCCCGAAGCGACGUGCACGACGAGCGGAACCGAAGUUGCCGGAGGAGGCGCCUGCAGGAGAUCCGACGGAGGCGCUGCAGGCUGAACUGGUCCAGGAGGUGCUUCCAGAUCUUCCACAGCCAGCACCUGAGGAUCAGGACUUCCUUGCAGCUUCGGUGCGCUCCAGGGGCCGCAAACGGCAACCUGCCGUUCAAGUGGUUUGCUCUUUCCACGCCAGGGCUUGGCCUGGUGCUCGCCGCCGGCGUGAACAGGUCCCGACUGAAGACAGCCAAGAUUCGCCACAGGAGAAGCCUAGCCGUUUGUCCAUGGCCCCGACAGUGCAUGAUGCGCACUGCAAAGACUCGGACGAGAGUGAGGUGAUCAGCUCGCCCUUGUCCGAAGAGGAGCCAUGGUCUGCGCCGGUGGACUCUGCACCGAGGCAGGAGAUCAACGAGCCUUCUCCACAGGCCGAAGUGGCCGAGGCGGAGGUCACCCGCCUCCAAGCUGAGCUUGAAGAGCUUCAAGGCACCCUCACCAGGGAACGAGCCCUGCGCGACGAGGCGGAGACCGCCCAGAGCCGAGCGUCAAAACGCCUGAGCAGCGCGGAGGGGCGCGCUGCGCAGCUGGCAACGCAGCUCCAGCGAUGCAAGGUUGAAAGAGACGAGCUCCGGCGCCAACUGCAUGAGAAGUCCGAGAUCCAUGUGGAGCUCACGCGGAAGCUUCGCAAAGUGCAGGAGGCCAAUCGCUCCCUGGACAGUGAGCUCAACAAGACGGAGGCGCUGCGCCUCGCCGCGCAGAAUCGCGCAGCAGCCGCGCAAGAGGCACGUGGCCAAGCGGAGGCACUGCUUGAUUCUCUGCGGGAUCUCCUUCGAAACGUCGAUGAGGUUGACAGUGCCCAAGCUGCGGUCAGCCUUACAAAGGUCAAGGAGCAGUUGGAAGGCUUUGCCACGGAGCCUCAACUUUCAGCUCCCAAGACCAAAGAUCCCGAGGCUGAGGAGGAGCUUCCUACUGCCGGUGGCCUAUUGCGCGAGUGGGCCUCUGUCUAUGACAACGCAGAGGAUGCUCGACGAGAUCCGCCAGCAGGCCCAGUGCUGCUCCAGCAGAGGAGCCCCAGCUGGAACAAGGCCACAAAGUCGCGAGAGGUUCCUAGCUCCUCUCCGCCCAGUGCGCGGGGCGCCGGCGAGCAGCUGGCGCAGCUCUCUCUGCGUGAUCUCUCAGAGAUCAAAGCCUUGAAGAAGCCUCCCCCGCCAAUCCGCAUGCUGAUGGAGGUGUGCUGCCUGCUUUUCCACAUACAGCCUGUGAAGCACUUGGACGAGCAGUGCGUUCACCAUCGUUUACGGACCGACUACUGGGAACCGGCUCGGCGGUACCUGCUGUCGGACCCGUUUCUCCUGUCCAAACUUCGAUCUCACGGCAAGGACAUUGGGCCUCCUCAGCGAGCUAAGAUCAAGAAGUACUUCAAGGAUCCGGAGUUCAGUGCUGAGCGGAUGCUGAAGUGUUCCCGAGCCAGGGCCUUAGGUUCCCGCCGUCUGGCACAGGGAUCAUCCACUUGUGGUGUAGAGUGCCUUCCCGAUGUUGUUUGGUUGUGCAAGUCGUGCCUAAUUACCCGAAGGGCCAGAGGGGAACGGUACAGGAUACUCUGUAAAUGUAUGUUGUACGUAUGUAUACAUGCAUGCACGUAUGGAUGGACGGAUGGAUGGAUGGAUAGGUGGACGUUCAUAUUCUCAUAUUAA